GGCUGAUGGGAAGAAAGAAAGCCGGACGCUCACCUCGUACAAGCUUCUUUGUGCGCUCCAGCAAAGCGAGGCAAACGCCCGUCGCCCCGUCCUCGCCAUCAUGCCGACCGUCGCGGUAGACAAGGCGAAUUUUUACAGGGCCCUCGGCCGCGAAUACACCACGCAAGAGUUCGAUGAGCUGUGCUUCCAGUUUGGCAUCGAGCUCGAUGAGGACACCACGGACAAAGUGAAUGCCGCUGCUGGCGAGCGCCCGCAGCUCAAGAUCGACAUCCCCGCGAACCGGUACGACCUGCUCUGCCAUGAGGGCAUCUCGCGUGCGCUGCUCGUCUUCCUCGGUAAGAUGCAGCAGCCGACGCUCAAGCUGCUGCCGCCCGCCAAGGGCGAGAUGCUCGAGAUCCGUGUCACCGCAGACACGAAGCGCAUCAGGCCGUACGUGCAGGGUGCCGUGCUGCGCGGCGUCACAUUCACCCCCGAAAACUACGCUUCCUUCAUCGACCUGCAAGACAAGCUGCACCAGAACCUCGCGCGGCGUAGGACACUCGUAUCGAUGGGCACGCACGACCUCUCCACCAUCCAAGCGCCGUUCACGUACGAAGCGCUGCCGCCCGAGCAGAUCAAGUUCGCGCCGCUCAACAAGACGGAGGAGUACGACGGACACGGCAUUAUGGCGCUCUACGAGACCGACUCGCACCUCCGCUCCUACCUGCCCAUCAUCCGCGACUCGCCCGUCUACCCGGUCAUUUACGACGCCAACCGCGUCGUCUGCUCGCUCCCGCCCAUCAUCAACAGCAACCACAGCAGGAUCACGCUGGACACCAAGGAUGUCAUGAUCGAAAUCACUGCGGUCGAUGAGACCAGGCUGGAGUUUGCCAUGAACGCCCUUGUCGCUAUGUUCAGCGAAUACUGUGCCGAGCCUUUCACCGUGGAGCCGAUGAAGAUCACUUACGCGGACGGGACAACAAAGAUUACUCCGGACCUUUCACCACGCAAGACGACCGCGCACAAGAGCUACAUCAAUAGUUGUACUGGGUUGAACUUGACCGGCGCGCAAAUGUGCGAGCUGCUGCGACGGAUGGGUCACCAGGCGUCCCUCUCCUCCUCCUCGCCGGCGCCCUCCUCUUCUUCUAUGCCGGAUGCGGAUGAGGUCCUGGAUGUGUCGAUCCCGUGCACGCGCCCGGACGUGUUGCAUGAGUGCGACCUGAUGGAGGACGUGGCUGUCGCGUACGGCUUUGACAACCUGCCGACGAGGUUCCCACGCACGAACACGGUCGCAGAGCCGCUGCCGAUUAACAAGCUCAGCGAUAUUCUGCGCAGAGAGUGCGCGUACAAUGGCUGGAUCGAGGUGCUUCCCCUAAUUUUGUGCUCGCACGAUGAAAAUUUUGCCUACAUGAACCAAAAGGACGACGGGCAGACCGCCAUCGUGCUGGAGAACCCCAAGACGGCUGAGUUCCAAGUCGUGCGCACGUCGCUGCUGCCGGGCGUGUUCAAGACGAUCCGUGAGAACCGCAAGCACGCGCUGCCGCUGCGCGUGUUCGAAGUAUCCGACGUCGCGUUCAAGGACACACAGGGGAAGGAUCGGGAGCGCAUGGCGCGCAACGAGAGGCACGUCGUCGCCGUGUACGAGAACAUGAGCGCCAACUUUGAGAUCGUGCACGGCCUGCUGGAUCGACUCAUGAGGGCGCUCGACGUGCCGAGAAUUCAGCGCGGAGAUCAGAAAAGUUCCAAGGGGUAUUACUUGGAGGAGAGCGAGGACACGACCUUCUUCCCUGGCCGAGGAGCUUCGAUUGUCUACCGGCCGCCGCCAAGCACUGUGGCAAGCACAGGCGCCGCGGAGAAGGAGAAUGCAAGCCUCAAGGACAAGGCAGCGAGCGCACUGGAGAAUGUGAAGGAAGCGCUCUCUUCUGCUUUACCUGCUGUUGGAAAGGCCAAGGCGAGCAUGAGCGACGUGGUCAUCGGCAGGAUCGGCGUCGUGCAUCCGGAUGUGCUGCGCAAAUUCGAGAUCGACUUUCCAUGCUCGGCGCUCGAGUUUGACCUCGAGGUUUUCCUGUAG